AUGGUUUUUCAUAUUCGUGAGACUACCAGCUUACUAGUAAAAUAUGGAUGUGAUUCUUUCCUAAAACAUAAUUAUAAUAUUAUUCUGACAAGAAGUGCUUCAUCUCGUCCAUUUAAAAUACCAGAAAUAGAUAUAAAAUCUGAUGAGCUACGUCCAGAACCAUCAAACCAGCCAAUUAUGACAUCAAGAAAACUGCAACCUCCGGUUUACUGUUCCGCUACUUCUCGUGGUUCUCGAUUAACGUGGUUAGAAACAUUGAAACCAGUAGGCGUUUCGAAAUCUUCCAAUUCUCAAAGUUUACUUGGCAUGAUUGAUUUGCAUCCAGAUAUAUUUGCCGUAUUUCCACGUAUUGAUUUAGUGCAUAAAAAUUUAUACUGGCAAGCCCAUUAUCGGUUAAUUGAUUGGCGUUGUAUAACAACACGAGCAGAAUUAUCCUAUGGAACUAGAAAAAAGCCUUGGCCUCAAAAAGGAACUGGGAAAGCUCGACAUGGUAAUCGUCGUACUCAUAUAUGGCUCACUGGAGGACAGUGUAAAGGCCCACGUGGACCAGAGUCUUUUUACUAUCUUCUCCCUUAUAGUGAACGCCUUGCUGGUUUAUUAUCAAUGUUGUCUAUAAAGCAUGCACAGAAUGAUUUACAUAUUGUGGAUGAUUUUAUGCUAUCAAAAACAUUAGAAGAAGAUGCUAAAAAUAUUUUAGCUGAAGCACAAACUGCUUCUCUUAACUUGACUGAUUUGGAAGAUCCACUCUCUGCACUAAAUAAAACACGUCAAUAUCGUUUAACUAAAACAAUGAAUGAAGCAGCGAUAUAUAUUCGUCAAUUAGCAGAUCUACGUUGUUGGGGUCCAUCUAUUUUGUUUGUCGAUGCGCAUUCUCCAGCAAGUCAGUUGGCAGUUCCAUGUCCUGGAGGCGAAAACAUUGAUAAUAAUGAAACAGACAACAUGAACUUUAGUAAUGAUAAUCUAGCAAUUAGUUUGGCAUGCGGUUCCUAUGAAAAUCAUGUGAAGAGCGAAAUUUCACCGGAGUCAUCAGCAUUCAAACUUGAUUCGAUUGCUCCACGAGCUACUCAUCCUGGUAGAGGUUUAACAUUAAUGCCAGUUCAUAGUUUAAAUGUUUGGUCUAUGGUACAUCAUGACACAUUAGUCAUAUCGUUAAAAGCACUAGAAAUGUUGGAAGAGAGACUUAUUGCUGCCCAAACUGUUGUAGUUCGUGACGAGUACAACGAGGCACCGUAUUUGCAUCCUUCAACUCCCGAUUGGUUCACUACUGAAGUGGAUGGACAAGCAGAUGACUAUGUAAAUAAAUCAUUUGAGAACAGACACUUUAGUGAUCUUAUAGGCUCAUCAAAAUGGCGAAGAGAUACUCUUUGA